CAUAUGCAGAUGACUAUCCAAGCUCUCCAAGAUGAGCUUCGGAUCCAGCGGGACCUGAACCAGCUGUUCCAGCAGGACAGCAGCACUAGAACCAGUGAGCCUUUUGUGGCAGAGCUGACAGAGGAAAACUUCCAACGACUUCAUGCAGAGCACGAACGCCAGGCCAAGGAACUCUUCCUGCUACGUAAAACCUUAGAAGAGAUGGAACUGCGUAUUGAGACACAGAAACAGACCUUAAAUGCACGUGAUGAGUCCAUCAAAAAGCUGCUGGAGAUGCUGCAGAGCAAAGGUCUGUCAGCAAAAGCCACUGAGGAAGAUCAUGAGCGAACAAGACGGUUGGCUGAGGCAGAGAUGCACGUGCACCACUUGGAGAGCCUUCUCGAGCAGAAGGAAAAAGAAAACAACAUGCUGAGAGAGGAGAUCCAUCGUCGAUUUGAAAAUGCACCUGACACAGCCAAGACAAAGGCUCUGCAAACUGUUAUUGAGAUGAAGGAUUCAAAAAUUUCUUCCAUGGAGCGUGGCCUCCGGGAUUUGGAAGAGGAGAUUCAGAUGUUGAAGUCAAAUGGAGCUCUGAGCACAGAAGAACGUGAAGAGGAAAUGAAGCAAAUGGAGGUGUACCGUAGUCAUUCCAAAUUCAUGAAAAAUAAGAUUGGUCAGGUGAAACAGGAGCUGUCACGCAAAGACACUGAGUUGCUGGCCUUGCAGACAAAGCUGGAGACCCUUACAAAUCAGUUCUCUGACAGCAAGCAGCAUAUUGAAGUUCUGAAAGAGUCCCUUACAGCUAAAGAGCAAAGAGCUGCCAUCCUGCAGACAGAGGUGGAUGCAUUGCGAUUACGACUGGAAGAGAAGGAGACUAUGCUAAACAAGAAGACGAAGCAGAUACAGGAGAUGGCAGAGGAGAAAGGGACUCAAGCAGGAGAGAUCCAUGACCUCAAGGACAUGUUAGAGGUGAAGGAACGCAAAGUUAAUGUUCUUCAGAAGAAG